AUGGAGGAUAUCGGCAUCGAAAUUGAGCGCGAGGACCCGACGUUCGCCACGACUGUUGCCGACAAGGCGACUCUCCUCUCGAACCUCCCCUCGAACGAGGACCUCUUCCUCAAACUCGCCAAGCUCGAAGCGCACCUCGAGUUGCUCGCCCUCCAGGAGGACUACAUCAAAGACGAGUCGCGCAACCUGAAGCGCGAGCUCCUCCGUGCGCAAGAGGAAGUCAAGCGCAUCAAGAGUGUCCCGCUCGUCAUUGGCCAGUUCCUCGAACCGAUCGACCAGAACACUGGAAUCGUCGGCUCGACGACCGGCAGCAACUAUGUCGUCCGCAUCCUGAGCACGAUCGACCGCGAGCUGCUCAAGCCUAGCUCGAGCGUCGCCCUCCACCGCCACUCGAACUCGCUCGUCGACGUCUUGCCGCCCGAGGCAGACUCGAGCAUCACCAUGCUCGGAUCGGAGGAGAAGCCCGACGUGAAAUACUCGGACAUCGGAGGAAUGGACAUCCAGAAGCAGGAGAUUCGCGAGGCGGUCGAGCUGCCCCUCACCCAUUUUGACUUGUACCGCCAGAUCGGUAUCGACCCGCCUCGCGGUGUGCUGCUGUACGGUCCCCCUGGUACGGGCAAGACGAUGCUCGUCAAGGCUGUCGCACACCACACGACCGCUUCCUUCAUUCGCGUCAACGGUUCAGAGUUUGUGCAGAAGUACCUUGGUGAGGGACCGCGGAUGGUCAGGGAUGUCUUCAGGAUGGCGAGGGAGAACGCGCCGAGCAUCAUCUUCAUCGACGAGGUCGACGCGAUCGCGACGAAGCGUUUCGACGCCCAGACCGGCGCCGACCGCGAAGUCCAGCGCAUCCUGAUCGAGCUCCUCACGCAAAUGGACGGCUUCGACCAAGGCUCGAAUGUCAAGGUCAUCAUGGCGACGAACCGUGCCGACACGCUCGACCCGGCCUUGCUGCGACCCGGUCGGUUGGACAGGAAGAUCGAGUUUCCGAAUCCGAGCCGGAGGGAGAAGCGCCUCAUCUUCCAGACCAUCACGAGCAAGAUGAGCAUCAGUCCCGAGGUCGACCUCGAAGACUACGUCUCGCGACCGGAGAAGAUCUCGUCAGCCGAGAUUGCGGCCAUCUGCCAAGCUGCCGGUCUGCAAGCCGUGCGGAAGAACCGAUACGUAAUCUUGCCUGCCGAUUUUGAGGAGGCGUGGCGCCAAACAGUCAAGCGCGAGGACGACCGCCCUGCAUUCUACCGGUAG